AUGCUUCGAUUGCUUCUCACAUUUCUAUGGCUGAUUCUAAUUGCGAAAUCGAAGCUCAACGAUUCGUGUCAACAAUGGUUGAAUCAAUUAGGAGAUUUGGAUUUUUUCACCGAGGCGCAGAUUCGACAAAUGUGUCAUCAUCAGAAGCAAUGGGCGAAGGAUCGGGACGAAGAGAUUUCGAAAAAAUUCAUGCCAACAACUACAGGCAGGUUCAAUUCAAUUAUUAUACAUUGGUUAGGUGGGAGAAACCAGUUUUAAAUCAUCGUGUUAUUCCAGACAAUCAAUUAAAAUAUCUGAAAAUGGUGGAGAAAUGUACGAGGCAAAAUUGUGUGAGGGAGGCGAGAAGAAAGGUAUGGAUUUUAGAAAUUUGGUUUUCAUAAUACAUAAAUGUUGA